AUGGACGACACGACAUUUGACAUGUCCUUCGCGACCGCGAUCGGCACGCCAGUCCCCAGAGCGCCACCGACACCAGCCCCUCGUGCUGAUCUGCAUCGAGUCCAAACACCUCCGCCCAGUGUCCGUAACGAAAGAAUCGCAGCCGUACCCCGUGUACCCAGCACACCGCUCGCGUCGUCUGCGCGUCCCGAGACUCGCCGCACUGUCUCGUCCCAGAGCGCAUACCGCGAGCGCUUCGAGUACUUUGAGUACGGUGGCUCCCCCAUGCGGGCCGAAGCAACACAGGGCCGAGCGAUGGGUGACUCGCCCUUCCGCGAUGCUGAAUCGCCACGGCGUUCCCCCGCCUUUUCCCCCUCCCUUCCUUCUUCCUCCCCCCCCUCGCUCGGCGUCGGCCAGGCCCUCGCGUCUGCCUCGGCGGCUUCGCCCUUCUCGGGCCCCAGCUCUAUCCGGUACCGCCCACCUGCGCACUACGAGUCAUCCCCUUUCAACGUCUCCUUCUCUCGCCCGACCCGCUUCGGUCGUCGCGAUUCCUCGCCAGGCCUUAACGCUUCCCGCCUUGGAGGCGUCAACUUAGGAACUGAGGAGAGCUUCCUCGGCUCGGUCGGCGACUGCACGUAUGACGAGCUUGAGGUGGCAGUGAUGGACAACAACCGGCGGCGCAGUUUUGGCAUGGCGCUGCGCGCACCACUACCACCUAGUCCAGGCGAUAGCUUUGACGAUCCUGGGUCUCUUGAGUCGCCCAACCUCCGACGAUCCCAACCCUCUUCUCCCCCUUCCCCGUGUGACGGGCGUGACUUUGACACAGACCCGCCUGAGCGCGACAGUCGCAUGAUGCUGGCCCCUCCAGUGCCAAAGAGGACGGACCUCACCCCCCCCUCGGCGUCUCGGUACACUCCACGUCGGCCGAGCCCGUUGCGCGAGAUUAUGGACAGUGACCAGAAGUUGGUACACAAUCAACCUCCCAGCCUGUCAAGUCGCACAAGCAGUGCUCCAUCGCCGCACGCAUCACCCCUCCCUCGUAUCGGAAGCAUUAGCUCACUCGGCAGCUUGGGCGGUGGUAGCGUCUUGCCCGACCUGAAGACGCCUGGAGGGCCAAAACCCGACGCCUCGCUCCGCUGGGAUAGAAUCGACCGCCAGGCAGCGGCGAGUCGACUGGACUCGCGCGCGCCCGAUCUGCUUGACGCGAGCAGCUUCCGCCUCUCUCCACCUCGCAACAGACCCAGCGCGCGAGAGCUUUUCGAGGAGAAGGAGUACCUCGCAUCGCCUCCAGCCGAGACUAGGACUCAUAGGCUGGAAGCACGAGCAAACCGCAUGAACACACCGCACCGCACUCCUGCCCGCCGGCCCGCCUCGUUUGACGAUACAGCCGACAUAACCGUCGACCUCAAGCAGCUCCUGCUCAGCGGACAGCCGAAAGGCCGGUCUGUAGGUGAGGAGAGCAUGAUGGGAAGCAUGCUCGGGCUGGGUGUGAGCACACUCGCAGAGCAGCUCGCCGAUCUGUCCGACGUCGAGGACAGUCUGCUCCCGGAAAUGCAGGCCGCAUCGAUGCCGCCGCUAGUGACGCGACACGAACAGAGUGACCGCGAGAAGGCUCUCGCCGCUGCACAAGCCAAGCUUGAAGGAGCUAGUGUUCAGCGGGCGUCGUCUCUCCGCUCAGACCGCUCCUCUGGUACCACGACCUCACAGCGCCCGGAGAGCCUGCGUUCAGGCAUGUCACGCACCGAUAGCGUGCGCUCGAUUCAACGCGAAAGGCCUACGUCCGAGAUCGUUCGGUCGGACAGCAUUCGGGCACUGCCGCGCGAACGCCCUACGUCUGGUAUCCAGCGGUCUGACAGCACACGCAAGCUGGGCGCUCGUCCGUCGUCAAUCAUCCAACGGUCAGACAGUGCGCGAACCCACGACGGCCAGCGGCCCACGUCCGACAUCCAGUGGUCCGGGAGCACACGCACGCUCACACGGCCGACGAGCGGUGUGCCGCCCUCUGGGAGCGGCCAGCGCUUGGCGGCGUUAGCCACGCCAAACCGCGACCGCCCCGACGUCCCCUUCUCCAUGCGGGGCAGAGCUCAGGAGCGUGCAGGAAUCGUCCGCUCUGGUUCGUCCGGCAUCGUGCGUUCUGGCUCGUCCGGCAUCGUGCGUUCUGGCUCAUCGGAUGACCGGUGGGCGGACGCCAUCGAGCGCGACCUCGUGCCCGAGCUGAAGCCUACCGCGCCGACUGCAGCUGCCUCUCGUGGCCUGCCUUCUAGCCACAGCACGCGGCGUCUGAACUCUGGUACCGGGCUGACACGCACGUCGUCGAUGCGCUCGGUACGCGACACCGCUGGAGGGACUACGACCGCCACAAACGUGACGGCAGCACGCGGGCUCACUCGCACCAGCAGUGUGCGUCAGGCAUUAGGCGUGACGUCGUCAUCUACCGAGGGGCGCGAGCGCCGCUCCGCACCGGCCACCAGCGCGACGGCCCGCCCCGUGGCGACGCGAACCGCGACCCAGCGUGCUGCCGACGCGCGCAGCAUGCCUCCCCCGCCUAUCCCGAACCGCGCAAUGCCACAGCGCACCAGCGUCGCGCCGAAGGCUCGCGCACCCGCGUCCGCGCCGCCACCCAAGACCGCGGCCACUGCACCGCUCAGCUCGCUCGGCCCGCGCCAGUCGAUUGCACCUCGCCAGUCGCUCGCGCCCCGCCAGUCGAUUGCCCCACGUCAAUCAAUCACUCCGUCCACGACCAUCCCCAAGUCCACUUCGCGUCCGUCCCUUGCUGCGACAGCCGCAAUCCCCAAGUCCUCGUCUCGCGCGUCUCUUGCGCCGUCAUCGACGAUCCCGAAGUCCUCGUCCCGGCCCUCGCUCGCGGCACCGACGGCCCGCACCCUCCCGCGUUCGGGCUCUCGGCCGCCCCUUGCGCCAACAUCGACGCUCCCAAAGUCGUCCUCGCGCCCGUCCUUGGCACCAUCCCUUCCCAAGUCGUCCUCGCGCCCGUCUCUGGCUCCGGCACUCCCCAAGUCGUCAUCGCGCACCUCCCUCGCGCCCCGGGCCUCAACAGCCUCGGCCCGCGCACCCAGCAUACGCCCAAAGCUAUCCGCCCCUCCUAACCUGGAACGCAUCCCCGCCGGCGCGGUCGGCAUGCGCUCCUCGCGUCCCACCUCCACUACCCGCCGGUCAAUCGAUGAGCAGCAAGUCCCUGCCACGCCAGCGGGUCGCGCGCCGCGUGCAGCAAUGGUACCGCGCACGGUGGAGAAGGCGUCCAUGACGCGUGUCGAAGAGUAG